AUGGUUCGGCAUAUUUUCGCUUGGCUCUGGGCCAUUCCUGCCCUGGCCCAAGUUCAUAGCAUUCAUCCGCAAGGCCACAGUGAGAUCACCUAUAGCUUCAAUGUCCCCGACAAUACUGCUGAGUCAGGCUCGGGCCCCAUAUACUUUCAAAUAAAUUCUACUCGCCAAGUGCAGUGGUUUGCCUUGGGCCAAGGAAUGCAAAUGGCAGGCGCCAAUAUGUUUGUCGUGUACACGUCUGGCAACAAGGUCACCGUUUCUCCGCGGUCUGGUGUUGGGGAAAUUGAACCGUUGUAUAACAAGGACGCCCAGAUCACCAUUCUGAAUGGUAGUGGUGUACACGACGGAGUUAUCACUGCCAAUGUUCGAUUUGCGAUACCUGCCUAA